UUUAUAGAUUCGAAAGGCGGGAAAAAUGACGCGAGAUGGGAGAUAGGUAAAAAGUUUUCUUAACCUUUGCGGUGAAUGUGCAGUGAGAAAUAAUGUAAAAUGACUUCUUUUCCAGCGAUCAACUAUAAUUAGCUUUUACCUGAUAUAGUUCAUGUGCAUUUUUAUUCAUAAUUAGUUUAGUAAUUUGUAUUUUUGUGUAACGACGAUGGCUGACAAUAAAUGUGCACAAAUGAUUCAAACUAACUUUUCCUUAUACGGUCUGGUAUUGUCUAGGGAACUUAGAGUAUCUCUCGCAAAACAGCUGUUAAAAAUAGCAGAAGAUGAACGUGAAUCUUGGCUGAAUCGCAUUAUAGAGCUGGUCCUAGCCCAAAACUUGAAUGAUCCACACGUUAGCGCCGAACAUAUAAAACUUGCCAUAGAAGAAUGUGUAGAACCAAAUAAAUUGAAAAAUACUGAAACAGUAUUUAAUGUUAUUAGUGGAUAUGAUAUACCAAAAAUUAAGUAUGACAUUUCCAAGAAAAAGUUUAUUAUCGACAAUGAAAACUUGUAUCCUGAAACACAAUACAAGUCACUGAUUUUUAAACAUCGUUUUGAAAUGGUAUGGUACAAAACUUUGAGGCAUAAGCAAUUUCAGUCUUCUAAGUUUGAGAAACAGCAGAUGGAUAAAACGAAUAUAAUACCUAUUGAAUAUCUGUUGAGCGAGUUGAAAAUGGGAAAAGUUUGUGUAAUGGGUCUGAUAACGCAGUUAGUGGAAGAUCAAUAUUCUUUGGAAGAUACAACUGGAACCAUUAAAAUCGACUUAAGCAGUACAGAUUUUCAGGAUACUUUCGUUAUGGAAGGCUGCAUAGUAAUAGUUAAUGGUGUAUAUAAGGAUGAUGUAUUAUAUGUAGAGAAUAUUAACUUUCCGCCAAUAGAAUUAUCGGAGAGUAUGCGAUCAGAUUUUGGUGAUAAUAAUACAUUUGGUGGACCGCAUAAUGUGUCUUUGAAAAUGUCCGAGAAGUUACAAGUUCACGAAGAGAACGACCCGGAUGGAAUGAUAGUAUUCAUAGCAGAACUAUGGCUAGACAUGCCGAACGUGUUACAAAAAUUUAAAACAGUCCUGGAAGGUUACAUGGAUUAUCCUCCUAUAGCUUUCGUAUUAUGCGGUCAUUUCUUGAGUUUUCCCACGAAUAUAACUAGCGCGCAAGCUUUGAUAACGGGUUUUAAAAAUUUGACCGAUAUAAUAACGCAGUAUGCGAACGUGAAGGAAUCCUCUAAAUUUGUUUUCGUACCCGGACCGCAUGAUCUAGGCUCGCCUAAGAUUUUACCGAAACCUCCUUUACCCAAGUGUAUCAUCGAGGAAGUCACGAAAAUAGUACCAAACGCUAUUUUCACCACAAAUCCGUGUAGAAUACAAUACUGUACAAAAGAGAUCGUGGUAUUGAGGGAAGAUAUGUUGACAAAGAUGUGCAGGAACGCGCUUCGUUUCCCGAAAGAGGAACAUUUCUUCAAACACUUUGCGAAAGCUAUCAUCAGCCAAUCGCAUUUGACUCCUGUGCCUCUCCAAGUUGUUCCGAUCUAUUGGAGAUACGAUCAUGCUCUACAAGUGUUUCCAACGCCAGAUCUCAUAGUGAUCGCUGACAAUUUUGGAACAUACACGACAGACUAUUCAGAUUGUUAUGUGAUAAAUCCGGGAAUGUUUUCGAAAAACAAUUUCUCGUUUCAAGUUUAUGUGCCUGCUAUCAAUCAGAUCCAAGAUUGUCAGCUACCAAACGACACCGACGUUUCUUGAAAAGAUAAGUAUUGUUUGAAAAAUUUUGACAAUUUGAUAAUCCAUAGCGCUACUACUAUGUUGGAUCAGUUGAUACGCUAGUCUUUCAUAAUUUUAUAUAUUUAUUUUAUUUUUAUAACACAAAAUCUCUUGUUUAUUUUUACAAUACUUUGAAAACGCGUCUGAAAUGGAUCACUUAAAUCAUAACUUUUGUGUACUAUGUAAACACAAAACAAAUUAAAUUAAAUCCAA